AAUAACGUAAACAUACUCACCGUACUCCUUAAAAUGGACGCGAAAAAACUUAGCUUGACUCUUAGUUAUUUCAUUGAAAAUUAAGUAAAGUGAAACCUAUAAAAAUCGUAUAGUAAGAGACUGUUUCCAUAUUACAUUAGCUACUUUACAGUGACGUGAGUGAAAGACAUUAUGUAAACUUAUAAGAAAUUAUUUUGUGUUACUUUUAUUAGAGUUGUUUGAUUUAUUUAUGCAUAUAGGUUAUAAGAUACAAACUAAAUAGAAACUAUGGAAGUUGUGGAAGAGUCUGUGGUUCAGAGUGUUUUAAGCGAGGAAAUGUUAAUGAAUGUUAACGAUGGGACGCCUUGUAUAUCCAGCGCGGCAGACGAGAUUCCGAGGCCGAACGGUGUCGCCGAAACUGGUGCCAUGGCCAACUCUGAUUUAGUGUCGGUGGCCGAGACCACCGUUCAGGAUCAGAUACAGGUCGACAGCACGACAGAUCAUAUGCAUGUGCCAGUAGAUACGAAUAAAAUUAGUGGACCAAUAUCUGUAGAAACUGAUGUAUCUACUGAUCCUAGUGCUGAGGCAGUACCAUCGACUACUGAAGGCGAUCUUCAACUUAGUACUGAAAACCAAGCGGAAUUGAAUGCCAUCAUCCCAGAGUUGGCUUCUAAAUUACCUGAAGAAAUAUCAGAGUUACUUGUUGGUCAAUCUGAAGAGAUCAUUGAAGAAGUUAUUCCACAACCAGAGGGAUCGGUUGAAAUGAAUGUGGAGUCUAGUGACCAAGUGACUUUUAAAACUGAAAUAUUAGUUGAGAGGAAUGAAAAUGAUACUAAUGAGAUUGAUAAAGAUGUAGGUCAGGCUGAUGAGCUUGAUGCCUCCAAGAGUAUGCUCAGCGCAUUGAGUGAUGUGCUGCACUCAGACAACAUGGAGAACAAUAAUGGUUCUGUGAGACAAGAAGUUUUAAACAAAGAAGAGUUAUUAAGCAUUUUGGAAGGCAAUGUUGAACAGACUGAUGAACAGUAUAGUAAGAUCAUUCCAGAUGAUCAUAAAAAUGUAAAAACCAUGGAAGCCCAGAUGGCUUUACAACAGUUAACAAGAUUGAAAUCUGCUAGAAAAAGUGUAACACCCCGGAGAAAAAAAUCUGAGAAAAGGCUUUCACAAAAUAUUAGGGAUAAAUCUAAUAAAGAAGAAACCUCAGCAGAUGAAAAUGAGGUUAAUUCUGAUGAACCUAAACCUAAAAAAGUUACUAAGGUUUCAGGCCCAUCUUCUAAAACUUCAGAUGUGUUGGCUUCAGACAGUAAAACAAGCAAAAAGGAUAAGAAAACAUCAGAAGAGAAACAAGAAAGUAUGUCUAUAGAAACAAAAAGUAAAAAAAAUCGACAUACAGAUUCAGAAAUAACUACCAAUGAACCUAAAUCAACUGAAACUAAGAGUAAAAGGAAUAGAAAACCUGUAGACAUUGUUUUGAAACACUCAGAAAGUGCAACUGAAAGUAGGAUAAAAAAAGAAAACCAUAAUGCAUCUACAAUUGCUAAUAAUAUGGAAGUAGAUGAAGAUGAAGACACAGAGACUGAUGCUAAUAAAUCAAGUAGUGUUAAGGAUAAGAUUGUAAAUGACCUUGUGAGAGACUGGGAAGAUGAUGAACCAACAAAAGAUGAUGCUGAUGAAAAACUAUUGGAUGAAAGUCAAAGCCUUGUCAAAUCUACUGAAGUGCUUACAACAGCAAUAGAAACUGUUACUGAGUCAGACCGCAUUGAUGGGUCAUCUAUUGAUUCGUCUACCAGUGAUGGUACUGCAACAAAUAAGACUGCAGAUGAUGGUCAGCCCCAGCGCAGACUUGGUAGAGUUAUUAAGAAAAAGGUAAUAUUUGACCCUGAUAAUCCUGACACAUUCACAAAGGGUAAGCUUCCUGCCAAACCUAAAGAAGCAUCUUCUGAUAAGGAGCAGCCAGCUCCUAAAAAAAUUAAGACUGAAGUUCAGCAAAGGCCAAAAUCAAAGUCCCCAACAGGUAAAUUACACUGGAAAAAGCCACCACCCAAAGCCAGUAAAGGAAAUAAAAGACUUUCUGAAGUCGACAAGUUAUUAAUGGAUGAGGGUGCUGUAAAUAUGAUAUACCAGCUUACACCUGAAGCUCCUAAAGGUAAAAAGAAUAUGAGAACCAAAGCAGAAUUUAUCAAGAAAAUCCAGAGUUCAACUCCAGAUGGCAAAGAAAUGAAGUUUAGGGAAAGAAAAAAGGAGUGCAUAAAAGAGGAAUCAGAAGCUAAGAAGAUUGCGGGUGGAAAGCAAAGGGGAUCUCUGAGUAGUUCAGUCAAGUCCACAGGUGAGGACUUUGAGACUCAUAGUGCUGAUGACUCAAUUAUUUACCGUCGUCAUUCUUCAAGCUCCUAUUCAAGCAACUGUAUGAGCCCGCUCAGACUUAACGAUCAAGAUUCCAGCGCAUUAUUAGACAACUCUCGUAUCUCUCGGCAAAUGUCCGAUAGUCAGAACCUCUCUAAUGCCGAUGAAGAGCCAGGUGACCAAAAAUCUGAAGUAUUCAUGUCUGAUGCGAAUAUAACAUCACCUAGUGAAGUAAUCAAUAAAAGUGAUUGUUUGUCCAUUAAACAAAAGCUAAACUCCAAACUUCAGAAUGUUUUAAACAAAAGGAAACGUGACAACACAAAGACAGAUAAACCUGCAAAACAGAAGAAAGUGGCUGCUAAACACGACGAAAAUUAUUUUAAGAAGGAGGAAGAACAACAACUGUCCAAGUUAAAGAACUUGUCUGUGAAAUUUGAUCAUAAUUUAGCAGAAAUUAAUGUAAAACGGAAAGAAGAUCAAUAUACUAUUGAGACUUUGAAAGACCUCGAAUUGGCGUUAGCGUACGUUAACAACAAAGAAGACAUUGCCGUGACACUCCUGUCCUCUGAAUGUGGAACACUGUGCUCAUCUAUUGAUUUAGAUCCCUUGCUCAAUGAGGAUGUCGAGAUCAGAACUACCAAUGCUGUCUUAUUCGCAGAAACUAUAAGAUCCCUGUUGAGCACAGUGGAGCGGCACAGCAAGCUCCUGUGCGCGGGCGUGAGCGGCGCGUGCUCCGGCGUGGGGCUGGCGCUGGCGGCGCUGGCCGACGUGGCGGUGGCGGGCGAGCGCGCCAGCUUCGCCGGCGACGGCCUGCUCGUCGGCUCCGCGGCCUUCACCGCGCCCGGACGCCUGCCCAAACACACGGUUGACAAUUUGGUUGUGUUCGGCCGCCGAAUGUCGGCCGAGGAGGCGCAGCAGGCCGGGCUGGUCAGCCGAGUGGUGUGGCCGGACCGGUUCCACGACACGCUGCGGAGUAUAGCUGGGGACAUCGCCAAACAGCCUAGCAGGACUAUCUUGGUGAAGAAGCAACUUCUGGCCAUAAACAGAAGUGAAAAAACAUUCCAAUCGAGUUUGGAGAUGGAACGCGACCUUCUCGUCGACUAUUGGACGUCCGAAGAGGGCAUGCAGGCGCUCCGAGCUAGCCUGGACACAGCCUGACUCUUAACAGCCAUGCUACGCAGACUAUACGUGAAUGUAAAUUAAGAACUCUAAUUAUAAUUUAAUCGUAACCAGUAGUUAAUAUAAAUAAAUUGUGACACUGAAUUAUUUGUCAACUACAUUUAUGUUUGAUAAAAUAUAUGUACCUACAUCUAUGUUUAAGGGAAACAUUUUGUUAAAUUGAUUGGUACUGAGGUUGUUUUCAAUGGACUGCAAUUUAAAUGAAUACACAUUUGAUUAGAAGAUAAUUAAAUUUGUUACUUUGUAUGCUUAUUGGCUGUAUUGACAAAAAUGUAAUUUUUUCUUAUCAACUCGGUGUAUGGGUACUUUUGCUGGCUGGUUUUUUUCUGUAACAUUUAUUUUCAUUACUAUAACACUUCAUUGUCAUUGUGAUUCUUUGUCUGUCCCGAAAAAGAAUUGUCAAUAAAUGUAUUCUUUAAAUAUUUAUGUUAAUGCAAUACAAAUAAUAAGUGUUUAAGCCUAAUCAAUUUCAAGUUUGAAUACAUAUAAGUAAUUAUUUUAAUAAUAAUAUUAUAACCCUGAUUUAUAAAUGGUGAAUAUUAUAUGUCGUGAGUUGUGUGCACGUUCCACUUACAAAUAUUUUGAUUAUUAUUAGUAAACCUUACAUUAUGUGUAUGUCAGUGCAAAGAUAAAUUAGGUUCACUACCUUGCCUAGGGUAAUCUUAUAUUCUGAACGAAACUGCUUCAUUGAUUAGCUCAAAUUAUAUUCCACGGUUAAAUUGAAUCGGAUUUAUUUAAAAUGGAGCAGUUUUUGACGGACUAGGUGUUAUUAGAUUUAGUUACAUUAUGUUAUGUUAUAGAUGAAAUUGUUUAUGUAGUUGUUUCAGAUAUUUUAGUUUAUAAUUCAUCGCAAUAAAAUUUUUGCGCGCAAAAUUUACAAAAAUGAUAGUGUGUUCCUCUCUUCAUUUUAUUUGACAUGAUGUGCGGAAACCCGGUUAUGUAUAAAAACUUAGCAGGGGUGUAUUAUAUACAAGAUGUAAUUAAUAAAAAAUAUCAUAAUAAGUGGGGUGGGUACAAUGAAAUAGUAUAUUACAAACCUAGGGCAGUAAAGUCAGAAAUGUGUCCUCGGCUUCGCCUCGGCCGACAAUAACAUGUGAUCUGAGGCUUCCUUAUUUACUGACCGAGGAGUGUUUAUACUAUAUUUUGUUCGACGGAGUCUGAAAGCAGCAACUUCGUUUAGCGCAGCGUGUAGAAAGUUGACGCUUUCCAGCUAGAGGGCAGAAAAUGUAAUAGUUAAACAUUACGACCACAGACAUAGGUACUAACAGCAACACUUUCAGCCGACCAUCGGUGGACCUUAUAUUUUUGCAAUAAGGUUGACGAAUUGUCAGUGAAUACUGCGGACCAUGAUACUGUGCAUUUAAUAUUGGAGUACCAUAUUCUUUAAAGCACGUUAUUGGAAUUACGACUAAAUCAUGUUUCUAAAUCUAUUAAACAUCUUACUUUUACUUUAAAAUAUUACGAAUUUAUUGAAUUACAGUGAUUUCAUUUGUUCUUAAUUAAGUUCUAUAACUUCUUUACGUAGGCGCCUGUGCUUACAGCAUAGCAACAGUUCUGAAACUUAUAUUCCGCACAUUUUGGCUAAGUGCUCUUUAAUUUUUCCUGUCAACGAAAUACUACGCCUUGAACUGAAGAAAAGAUGAUAAUUAUUGAAUAAGUAAUUAAGUACCUAUACUAGAAUGCCACUUCGUUUGUUCGAUCGUUAUUAGAAAAUUGAUUGUAAUAGAGAGAUAGUGAGUCUACUCGUAAUGGCAUUAUUCAUAAACGCGAUACUGGCCUGAAUUAGCAAUAGGGACCGUGCGCGUUGGAGGGUCUGCCAUCUUGUGGCCUGAAUCGGAACCAUAAACAUGUACAUUUACACGUCACGUGUUUUCUUGUGCAUAGUAGGUUCUGCCAUCUUGUGGGCUACAUCGGAACAAUAAACAUCACAUUUAUGCCGCGCGCCAAAAAUCUGACGGCUCCUGUGCUGCCUCCUACAGUUCAUGAAUUGUCUAACGUCAACUUUUGACAAAGAGUUACCGCAAAAUGUAUGAAGCUGUACAGCGCCAUCUCGUAUACCUGUCAAAUUCGAAGCACGAAAUUGUCUUAGAUUUUACACAUCUUACUCAACCAAUGUACCUUUGUUAUAAUUAGCUCUUCAUUUUCUAGAUUUCAUUUCACUAUGUAUAUGUCGCUUUAAUAGUACAAUCUCGAGUAAAGUUCACAUACGAAAGGUAAACAUGUUUGUUAAAAGCAGGAUUACUAAUUCCACAUUAAUGACUGUGUCGCUUUAUAGAAAAUCAACAGUACUAUAUUUUCCAUAAUGAUUUAUUAAAAUGCAUGCGCUCCUAAUGUCAAGCACAAGACACGAAAGACUUCAUUCGUCGUCUUGCCUGAGUAGUGCACGGAAGGCGUAUGUCUAAGAUUAUUAUUGCUUAUAAUAUCAUUGUAGUAACCGUAAUGUAUUGUCUUACUUUUAUAAUUUAUAUAAAUAAAGUGCCUUUCUUAUAAUAUAUCUUGUUUUAACACUAUAGUUUAUGGUAUGAACUACGCCUAGGUGAAGUGCGCAUUCAGACUUUCCCCGUACUAAAAGUGUGAGCCAGUAUGCAUUAUCCAAAUUUAUAAUUGUACAAAUCAAUCUUUAUGUUGCAUGUAAAUCUAAAUAAACCGGUGCCCUGUCUUUGAAAAAUAGCCUUAAUAAUAAUAUGUAUUUAAUUUGGAUUGGAUAUAAGCUGAAUUAUGACUAUAUGUCAGUUUUUGUAUAUUAUUAAAUCUAAACAUUUAUGUUUACCUACUUGAUCACUUACUGUUAUAUUUAGUUCGUUUAAAUGGUUGAAUAAAUCGUAUUUUAUUGUCGCA